AUGGCUUCCUCGAGGGUUCCAAGACGACGAGAUCGCUACAAUGCCCCCCGAGACGCAUCUCAAUCGAGCACCUCCUCAGAUGGGAUCAAAUUCGACAAUAUUAUAGUCCCAGACCAUGAGGUGCAAGUUAAUGGAGUUAUCCGCCGCUCGCAAUACCAGCCUGCUCGAGUGACUGGGCCCAUUCCUCAGGCCAUGGUCAUCGCUGCGAGAAGCAAUCAAGACGAAGGCAACAAGGAGAUCCAAAGCGAAAAAAACGAAGGGGUUAAAGAAAUCAAAUCAAAUCGCCAAGCCCUCGCAAGUGCAGGCCCUGAUGCUCUACAGAGUUUGCGUAAGGAGUUUCAACAGACGAUGCUUGCUCAGCUACCCGACUGGAAAACCCUGGAAAUUUCAACGCAUUCCAAGCCCGCAACUGGGGGUUAUGCCCGCCUAUGUAUCGAAAUCGGUAAAUAUGGUCAGACAGACAUGAAAAAAUGGCGUAAUUCGGUACUUGCGUACUUGACUCCCAACUUGAACCCGAACAUCGGACCGAACCUGUCUAUGGAAGUUAAAAAGACACGCGAUCGCGGCCAUGACUUAGUUGAAGUCACCUGGAAAGAUGAUAUCGCACUAGGUAGGGUCGAUCUUGUUCAGCCCUUCAAUCAAGCGAGCAGCGCAAUGGAGCUGUAUGCGCUUGUUAAGUACUACUACCUGCUAGCCAACGAGGCCAAACACCAGGGGCUCACACAUGACUUCAUACCUAUCAAUCGGACUUUCAUUGAUAAGCUAAAAGCCGUUUGCAAUCGAUAUGACCCAGAUUAUUGUUCAGUUGCGAGUUCGGAGAACGACUUCUACACGGAUAAAGAUAAGAGUCCAAAGCUAUACCCGAGAGCCCCAGAUCAUCGUCGACAAGCAGGCUACGCUCAUCGUCCUGGUGUUGCGACGACCAAGUCACACCCUGGAAUCGACGACACAGAUGAUAUCGUAGACGACCACGACCGGGAUCCAAUCUCUCAGAGCUCUCUGGAAUCUGGGGAAAUUUUGGAAGAUCUGUCUGACAACUCCAUCAGAAGGGGCCGACAUAGAGUUGACGCAAGGACUUCUAAAACUCCAAAGUCUCAGCAGUGGCUUCAACGGCGUGCUAUCGAAGACGAAAUGAAAGAGGACAAAGACAUCGAUGUUAGAUCUCGUGACAAUCAAGCUCGACACUUCCGCAGCAUGUACGAAGUUGAAGUCGAAGAGAAUGCUGACGACCGAGGUAAGAUGCAAAAGGGCAAGAACCCUGCUAAGCAUGUGUCUUUCUUUUUUGAGCGGCGCCAGCCCACGGAUCGUCCUGUUAGCAAUUCUGGAGCCUAUGACGUAGAUAAUCUGCCAGAAUCAGGCAGAAAGUCGGAUACUGGCCGCACCGCCACAAAGGUUUCAAAGACACAGAUGGUCAAAGACAAUCUCGAAUUGGAGACCGGAAUAACACGACCACCCUCUCAAAGCCGUCAUGGAGCGCUUCGACCUUCCUCAUCUGCGUUCAGUCUGCGUUCGCGGGAUAUGCAGCGACGUCGUGAGCGCGAGGAUAAGCGGACCCCAACAGACCCCAAUCCCAUGAACAAACAUCGAACAACAUCAAAUAGCGCCGAUUUGCCCGCAGAGAAGAUCUCGAAGGCGGGGCAUAAGACACUCAGUGGUAGAGUUGAGAAGAAGCCGGGCAUAAAGCAGAAGAUCAAGCAUGUGCAGGAGCUCGGAGUGACACAAGCCAAUAUUUUGAAGGAGAUGAUGGCGGACCAUGAGAAGGCGAUGGCAAAGCAUGAGAAGAUGAAGGCGGAGCACGAGAUGAUGGCCCAGAGAAUCAACAGGAAGCUGAAGGAGAUCGUUGAUAUGAUAAGUGAUGAACCAGAGGAAGAAGAAGAGAAACAAGGAAAUCCGUACCUAGGUGGGUACUGA